AUAAAAAUGAAUGCUCUUUUUAAACUAUCGACGAGAUAUUCUUCACAAAUAUCAGCUUACUCAGCAAACACAUGGAUAUUAAGUACAAAAGUGAACACGUUCUUGAAAAGAGAACAUGAUCAAUAUCGUCAUUCUAGUUCCUCAACUUCAAAACAGAAAGCGAAUAUAACACUCUACUCUUUGUUAGCUAUUGGGGGAGUGGCAUCUGGUUACGCAUUUUUUGAAUAUGAAGAUAAAAUUUUUAACAAUAUAACUUUAAGUCUAUCCUCUAGUGAAAAUAAGAAUAUAGAAACAAAAUCCAAGACUGCUGAACAAGUCGACACGCCGUCAAAGGAUGCAUAUCGUUUUUGGCAUUCAACAGAACGAAAAGAUUUGCCUACAUACAAAUUAGACGCUGUACAGCAACAUAAUUCAUUAGAAAAAGGAGUUUGGGUAACGUAUGGCAUAGGAGUCUAUGAUAUAACCGAUUUUAUACCCAAACAUCCAGGAAGUGAUAAAAUUAUGUUAGGCGCUGGCAGUGCAAUCGAUCCAUUCUGGGCUAUCUAUCAACAACACAAUAAUCGUGAAAUUUUAACACUUUUAGAAGGGUAUCGAAUCGGUAAUAUAUCCGCUGAAGAUGAAGUCGGCACAGAAGAUAUGAAUUCCACUUGGGCAAAUGAACCUAAACGCCAUCCAUUAUUAAAACCAGCAUCCGAACGACCAUUUAAUGCGGAACCUCAAAUCAGCAUAUUGGCUGAUCAUUUUUAUACACCAAAUGAAUUCUUUUAUGUUCGCAAUCAUUUGCCAGUACCAGUUAUAGAUCCAGAAAUAUAUGAACUCGAAAUUGAAAUAGAAACACCAGAAGCGGGGGCAAAGGAGAAACAAAAAGUAUUUAAUUUACAACAAAUAAAAGAAUUACCAAAACACACAGUCACAGCAGCAAUUAUGUGCGGAGGAAACAGACGUUCAGAGAUGACCAAAGUUAAAGCUGUUAAAGGUCUUAGCUGGGGUGCUGGCGCUGUUGGUAAUGCUUCCUGGUCAGGUGCAAGAUUAUGCGACGUACUGCGUGCCAUGGGUGUUCAACCCAAUGAAAAAUUGCACGUAAUAUUUGAAGGCGCUGACUUAGAUCCUACUUCUAGUCCUUUUGGUGCUUCGAUACCCUUAUCUAAAGCUUUAGACGAAAGAGGUGAUGUUAUAUUAGCUUAUGAAAUGAAUGGCAAAACACUGAAUAGGGAUCAUGGGUUUCCUUUAAGAGCUAUUGUUCCUGGUGUGGUUGGUGCGCGUAAUGUUAAAUGGCUUACACGUAUUGCGAUCUCAGAAAACGAAUCAAAUUCGCAUUGGCAGCAAAAUGAUUAUAAAGGAUUCAGUCCGAGCACUGACUGGGAUACAGUAGAUUUUACUAAAUCUCCUGCUAUACAAUCUAUGCCAGUUACAUCGGCUAUAUGCACUCCUAUACCAGGUGCAACAGUUAAACUUUCUGAAGAUGGUUUCAUCAACGUACGCGGGUAUGCCUGGUCUGGUGGCGGCAGACGUAUUGUGCGUGUAGAUAUAACAAUUGAUAAUGGUAAAAGUUGGCAUGUUGCUGAAUUAGAACAAGAAGAGAACCCCGAUGGUCGUCACUAUGGUUGGUCUUUAUGGACAGCUAAAAUACCUGCUGACAAAAUGAGUGGAAAGGAAGUGGAAAUUUGGAGCAAAGCAGUUGAUUCAGCAUAUAAUGUGCAGCCAGAGUCAUUUGAAAAUAUAUGGAAUUUACGUGGUGUCUUAUCAAACGCAUAUCAUAGAGUUAAAGUGUUAGUGACUGAAUAAUAAAUAAGUAGAAAUGCAAAUAUGAUACUCACUAAGAGUUAUAUUAAUUAAAUAAAGGGCAAGAAAAAUACCCAAAGAAAUUUAAACGAUAACAUGGGUUAUAAAUGUACAU